UAUAUUUUGUUUCGUCGGGCAUCGGCACCGCGUACGGCGUAACGCUUUUCGGACUUGAGUUUUAAGUUUUUUUUCACAUCGAGCUCGAGUUCUUGGUUAAUGCACGUUCAUUGUUCAUGUUUCCCUCGUUGUAUCUUAAUGAGUGUUAAUUUUAUUUAUUAAUUGGCUAAUAAGUGAUCAAGCAUUAUAGUAUCUAGUGUAAAAUCUUAAUCUUAUUAAGGACAUGCCUCCCGUUAAAGAUGAAAUGUUGAGGGAAAUCAAUUGUUUAGAUAUUAGCAUUACUGAAAAAAGUCCAGCAAAGAACAGCGCACUUGUCGAUGUAAGAGCCUGUAAUAAACCUGCUUCUAAGGUAUGGUUCCGUGGCGUGAGAAGCUCUAAAUUCCGCCAUGUGUACGGUGUGCCAUUUAAAAGGGAACGAUGUUAUGAUAACAUAAAAAUAACGAGGAAUGCACACGAUUCCAACUUUUGUGCUGUAAACCCCAAGUUUGUUGCGAUUGUUACUGAAGUCGCUGGCGGUGGGGCGUUCCUUGUUCUACCCUUGGACCAUACUGGACGUCUUGAUUUCAACGCUAGCCGUGUAACGGGCCAUAAAGGCCCCGUUUUAGACAUCAAAUGGAACCCGUUCAAUGACAACAUCAUCGCCUCGUGUUCUGAUGACUGCACGGUAAAACUAUGGCACAUCCCAGACGGUGGUCUCUCUAUGCAUUUGACGGACUGGCUGGUAGAGCUCCAUGGCCAUAAACGUCGCGUCGCAUACAUCGAAUGGCAUCCAACUGCUGAGAAUAUACUCCUUAGUGCUGGCUUCGAUUACUUGAUCUUCGUGUGGGAUGUAGGCAAAGGCGAAGCCGUCAAGAUUAUCGACUGCCACAGCGAUGUGAUCUACUGUAUGUCAUUUAAUAGGGAUGGGUCACUGCUCGCUACCACUUGUAAGGAUAAGAAGUUGAGGGUUAUUGAACCGAGGCGGGGAAUAGUUUUAUCUGAAGGUCAAUGCCACACAGGCACCAAAGCUUCAAAGUGCACCUUCCUUGGCAGCCAAGGGCGUGUACUCACUACCGGCUUCUCCCGGUACAGCGACCGGCAGUAUGCAGUGUGGGAACAGCAUGACCUCAGCAAGCCCUUGGUUUGUGAGACCAUUGACAGCUCUUCGGGAGUCGUCUUUCCCUAUUACGAUUACGAUACUAAUAUGGUAUACCUUGCUGGCAAGGGGGAUGGAAACAUUCGGUAUUAUGAAGUGGUAGACGAAGCGCCCUAUGUCCAUUUCCUCAACCAAUUUCUUUCUGGGAACCCACAGCGUGGUCUAGGCUUUGUGCCAAAGCGUGGUGUGAACACAGCUCAAUGUGAAGUGUUCCGUUUCUACAAACUACACACGUCACGUGGAUUGUGCGAACCUAUUUCAAUGAUUGUUCCCAGAAAAUCUGACUGCUUCCAGGAUGAUCUGUACCCGGACACAGCUGCUCCUCAGCCAGCUUUGAGUGCUCGGGACUGGAUGAGCGGCAUGAACGCGCCACCCUUGCUUAUAAGUCUUAAAACAGGCGUAACAAUAUCCACUCACAAGCCGAGAACUAACAACAAAGAUACUCCGGCGCUGCAACCCCAAGAUGCGAACAAUAGGAAGAAGUUCGCGUUCCUCUCACGAGAGACAACUCCCGACUACCGUCCGCUCGGAACCUGGCAGCGAGAAAAUCACGUCAAUGAAACCGAUAACGUGACGGUGGUAACGGAGAAGUCUCAAAAGACGAACGCAAACCAAACCACAAAGUUCCACCAGCUGCAGCGAAUGUUCGGCAAACAACCUGGAGAGCUCGAACCCGUGCCUCUUUACAAGCAGAUCAAUCAUGGCGACGUAUUCACUGAACAUGAGUUGCGUCUCGCAUUUAACCGUCAAGGUGAAGAAUUGCGUAUUGUCAAACGUCAACUUCAAAACAGCCAACAGCGAGUGAGGGAACUCGAGCAACACAUUGCCACACUUCAGGCUAAACUCCCAAAUAACACAUCUUAGGCAAGGAAUGUUAUCACGUAAAGGUAGCGUAAUAAACGAUUUACAUUGACCUAAAUAUAUAACUGAAAUACACUAUAAUUUUUUUUAAUAUUUAUUAAAUUUGCAAAUGCUACUAAAUUUUAUCAAAAGUAGGUCUCAUUUUAAAUAAAAAAUUCUAAGUAGGAAUCCACUCUCCUUUCUGUUAAAUGCUCAUAGUACUUUGUCAUCUAAAUAGCUUUGGCUCUGAAUGUUACCGAUAGCCUCAAUUUAAAUAUUUCUUUAUCUAAUUGCACUUAUGAAGAGACUCUUUGCAGAAAGAGAGCAGUGGAUAUAUUAUAAUUAUUUCGCAUUAUAUCUGUUACAUAUUUACAAAAAAUAAAUACUAUAAACUUGUCAUAUUCAGUUUAAAAAUGUUUAUUAAUCAAACUAUCUUGAUAGGGUUAUCAACAUAAAAAAAGAUAAUUAAGCACUACUGCAACAUUAUCGGUUCUGGUUGACACAGUCUGUGUGAAGUUGAAACAAAGUUUAUACAUUGGUAGCUAUAUUCACACAGGUCAGAUGUUGAGUCUUCCCAGAAAUAAAAGAAAAUCUGGUUGUUAAAUCGUUUAUUCCGUUACCAAACUGCUUUGGUUGUUUGCUUUAUGGCUGUAUUUGUGAUCUUUGGGCUAUAAUAAGUUGUAUCUAAGAGAUCAACAAGUGUUUUUGAAAUCAUAAGAUAUUUGUAAGCAAAUUUCGCCUUGCUUCACUGCCUUUGUUGGCUUUUAUUCUCAAGUUACAACAGUAUCUUGAAAUUUCUUGUUAUAUAAUAUUUUUGAUGUUCUUUUAUUUUAUAGAAUCUGAUUUAGGAAAGGGGUUAAAUCUCUGAAAUGUGAUUUGAUAUGUUUUUUUAAAACAGACGUCUUGUAUCCAAUUUUAUAUUGUUAAAAUACAUGACAAUAAUGCAAGCAUUGCAUUUUUCUUAAGUUUUUUUUAUUGUAAGAACUUUAUUGUAGUGAAUUUGUUUUAUAUGAAAGCUUGUGUGAUUUAUUAAUAUUGGGAACAAAAUUUAUCAUUCCUGUGUGCGAUGAAAUGUAUAAAAACGCCUAAUAAAGGCCUAUUGGUUAAAUCAAUAAGUUUGUGAUAGUUUCAUGACACUUUGACAUUUAUUUUUCCAUUUACAUAAUAGUGCACAUGUUUUUAUAUGCACUAAAUAGUUUUGUUGAUUUUAAGUUUUUAGUGAUCUGCAAGUCUGAUUUCUUAGCGUUGUGUUGUAUAAUUUGUUAAUAGACAAACAUAUGAAGUCUCUAGCAAGAGCCGAUCUAGCUUCAAGGCGGGAUCACAAUGUCAAAGUCAGUUGAACUAAAUUAUGAACAGUGGUCAUGACCCCAAAUGGAUCUGCUCUUGGUUUUUAAGCAUAGUUGAUCAUAGUUAAGGUUUUCUACUCUAAGAUUACUUAACUUUGAAUGCGUUACCUUCUGUAAACGCAUUUUAAAAGUUUCUUAUGGACGGCACGAAAAUUAUUGUACAAAAAAGUUACCUGAACCAUAUGCGUUAUUUGUAGGUUUGGGAAGUUAUUGUAUUUUAGGUGCUAGAAUGGUGAACGCUGUAUUAUUUUCAUAUGAAAAACUAGUGUUCCGUAAAUUCCAUACUUGCUGAGGAUUCCAUACGAGAAAUAAUCUCUUUAUAAUACGAAUACCGCGUUUUUGUAUAUAAUAAUAAAUGUGUUUAACAGUGGGUUGGAUCUGUAGGUUAUGACCAGAACAAAAAACAGCAGUUAUGUUGUAUACAGGUACUUAAAACAUUUUCUUCAUAGCCAUAAAAUGUACCUUUGUCUUAUAUGUAACAUUGAUGUUAGAAUUUUAAAAAAUCAUGAUUCAUAUUCCACAUUCCAUAAGGAUUUAUGUAUUAAGUAACAUUUGAAAGUAUUAAUAGCAUAUUAGCUGAGAUAGUUUAGUUUCGCUAAGUCAAUGUUAAUAUUUAUUGUAUUUUUAUAUCAUGCUUGUGUAGCACAAAUUUUCAAUAAAUAUUCAAAUAUA